GACGGCAGGCAAAGCACCAACUCAAGACUCAAUACUCUGUACGCACCUUGAAUUUCCGGACCUUGUCUUCGACUGUGCGCGAACAAGGCUCUGUUCUGCAUUCCUUUCACCGCCCUUCCCUCGGCCAACUGAAAGGCCUUCCGACUCGACCUCGACCUGAACCUUUAAUAUCCCUCCCCCUCCCUCCCUAACACUAAAUCUGCUGGCCCCUUUUGCGAUGCGAGCUUCCCGGGCCCAUGGAACCACAAACCCCCCUACCGCUUUGACUUUCUAUCACAACCACAAACCACCACGCGGCGCCAAACACAGUGGGACCGGAUGAGAGACCAUCUCGCUUUCCCACGUGCUUUUCAGGUUCCCCAAACCACCAUCAACGCCUCAAGGAUACAUUGGCCUCGAAACAUCCAACAAACACACGACACCCCAAGGACGCGCCCACGAAAGACCACGAACGCUGCGACCCAGCAGACGGGGCAUCAUGCCGUAUUCAGAGAGCGCGCAGGCCGCGCUGGUGCAAUGGGCCAACACAUUUCCACUCGAUAAAAAGGCCGACUCAAUAUCAGACUUUCUCGAUGGCCACCUCCUGUCUCAGGUCCUCCAGGACCUGGAUCCCUCUUUCGAUUCCAAUACCAGCGAGGGCGAGCUUUAUGACGUCUACAAGGGCAUCUCCAGGCUAGUUUAUCGCGAGUGCCCCGGCCUCAUACGCCAGACCAAGCUUGCCGACAUCCGCCCCAGGGCAAGAGAAGCGCAGCCUGAAGCCAUCAGCAAGCUUCUCGCCGUGCUGUUCGCCAUCGCGAUGCUUGGCAGCAACAACGCACGAUACGUCACGCGCAUCACCCAGGACAUAACCGACAAGACGAACCUUAUGCAGUUGCAGCGGGUUACGCAAGAGAUGAAGGUGGCAAUUGACGAGGCCGAGGCUCAGGACUUGGAGGAGGCCUCGGAGCCCGGCCAUGAAAGCCAUGACGCAGACCUCGCCAUGGAAGCCGAUAACAUCCGCCUCCGCUCCGACCUUGACAAGAAGGGAAAGCUUUUGGCAGACAUGGAAACGCGUUUGGGUCACCUGCAGGAGAGUUACGACGACUUGAAAGAGGAGGUUGUACGAAAGGGCAGGGAGCUGGAGGCGUUCCACAGUGCCCAAGAUGGUGCGGGAAAGGAGGUCAUCAGGUCGCUGGAGCUCAAGCUGCGCGAGCAGGAUGAGCUCAUUGCAAACCAGGAGGCCCAGGCCGAAGACGAUCGUAUCACCAAGGAGCGGUUGACGAGCGAGGUCUCGGCGCUCAAGGCAAAGACCCAGAAGCUUGAGAUCCUGGACGACGAGGUGAAGGAGCUGCGGUUCAAGAACGAAGAGCUUUCUCGCAAAGCCAACAUGGUGGAACGAUACAAGCAGAAGCUGGAGGCGCAGUCCACUUUAUCCAAAGAGAUGGAUAACCUGCUGUAUGAGAAGGAGCAGAUGCAGCGGGACCUCAUUGAAUACGAGAAGGUCUUGAAAAGGAACCAGGCGCUGGAGCAGACUAACGAGCAGUAUGCCUCUAAGCUUCGGGAUUAUGAGCUGCAGUACGUUGAGCUCGACGCCCAGCGGAGGGCCCUUCACGACGACACCCAACAAUUGAGAGCUCGUCUGGCAACUCUCGACGCUCAGCGUCUCUCUGAUGAACGACUGAUUGCCGAUUUACAGGAGCAAAUCAACUCGGGAUCCCAAGCGGCCUUGUCGCCCGACGCCGGGACUGCAGGUUUCAGCCUUGAGGACGAGCUCGAGGGUGCUGGGGGCAGCACUGCUCCUAACCCUGCCCUCGAGAUAUCGCGCCUCAAGGCCGAGAACAACUUGCUCCGUAGUGGCAUGGGCUCCGCUUCAGAGAACGCACGGUUACGACAGGAGCUCGAGGAGGAGCGCAAACAACGGGAGCGUAUCCAAAAAACCUACAACGAGACUUUCGAGAAGCAACAGCUUGCGGAGGCUCAGGUUAGCGCUCUUAUUGAGAGUAGCGGGGAAAACGAAGUACUUGGCAAUCUGAGGGUCCAAAUUGACCAGAAGACACUUGAACUUGAAAGAGAAAGGAGACGACUGAAUGAGGUUCAAGCGCAACUGGCUGACAAGGAUCGCGAGCUCCUCAGCGCGAGGACAGAUCUCUCCGCCGUUGCAAAGGAUAGUGUCGAAGCUCUCGAGGAGCUCAAGUCUACUGAUCAGCUUAUCUCAGGGUCCAUCCGGGAGGAACUCGAUGCGGCACGCCAACAGCUCAAAAACCUUGGCACUGACCUCGAGGAGCAGCGCAGCUCGCUCAUUAACGCCCUGCUCGAGAAGGAUAAGCUUCGCAAGGACCUGGACGAGGCCAGGGAGGCACGACAAGACGGCACCGAGCCCGCCGAGCUUGUCCAGAAGCUCCAGGACAAGAUUGAGAAACUUCGCGUCAGGCUCAAGGAGCGCACUUCGCAAUUGGAGAAGUCAGAACAAGACAAAUACGAGUUCCAGCGGAAGCUCAAGGCCGCUGAGGGCGGAGAGGCCGCCGCGGCGCAAAAGGCCGCGAGCGACCAGAUCAUUAAGAAUCUCCAGCGCGAGAACGCUCUUAUCGCUACGGCGUGGUAUGAUCUUACUAGCCGUAUCCAGAGCAACCAUGUUGUGCUGCAGAGGCGGAGCGAGAUGCCCAAGAGUUGGUUGGGUAAGCAGAGACAGAUGGUCAACGCCACUCCCAGGAGAUGAAAUAACUUAAAGCUGGUUCCCUGCGUCUCUGCGUAACCAACAACGACGCACUCUUCCAUUACAAAUACCCGACUUCUCAUCACACCGUAUACUGGGUAGCAGAAAGCGCCGCGGCGUCGGUCUUUUCCUUUCGUCCCCUCUUUUUUGCCCUUCUUCUUUCCUCGUCCUGAUUUCUUGUUCUCGGCGAAAAACACCGGGGUGGAUGGCUUGUGGCUGGCCUGCAUCUUAAGAGUGGUAAAGCAUUGCAUUGCACUGCGUGGUAACUUGGGCGGUAUCAUCUCCUUGCAUUGUUUUUUUUUAUGGGCGCUCUUCUCUUCACUUGUGAGGGGUUUAAUUAACCUCUUGCUUCUCUUUCUUCCUGCGCUAUCCUAUAUCUUCGUCUUGACUAGGAGUGUUUGCCAGCGUCUGGGGGUAUUUGCAAGCUUUGGC